CACAGAACAGGAAGGAGCACAGACACAGAACAGGAAGGAGCACAGACACAGGACAGGAAGGAGCACAGAACAGAACAGGAAGGAGCACAGACACAGAACAGGAAGGAGCACACACCAGAAUACAACAGCUGGUUUCACAUUUUUUGUUUGUUUCGUUAAUUUCCUUCCCACGUGCUGAAAUGUGUAAAGGACUGUCCUCCCUUCCCUCGUCAUGCUUGGAGAAAGCAAAGGGGAUGCGGGUGAAGUUGAGUCACCUGGCUGACAAACAGGAGUGGACACAUCACAAACACAGGGUCCAUGAGGACAGGACUCUUCAGGAUCUGGAGUCUCUACUCAACAGCAAGAUUGGCCAGAAAGCUUUCCUCUGGUUCCUGCAGUCUGAGUUCAGUGAGGAGAACCUGCAGUUCUGGUUGGCCUGUGAGGAGUACAGGGUUACCCCCCCAUGGCAGCAGGGGGCCAAGGCCCAGUCUAUGUACUGCCAGUACAUCAACCCUGGUUCACCACAGGAGGUGAACCUGGAUGCUGAGACCAGGGAGGCUCUACUGAGAGUGAUGGAGGAGCCUGCAGGCGACACAUUCCACGAGGCCCAACAACACGUCUACCACCUGAUGGCCAAAGACUCUUAUCCUCGCUUCCUGCGCUCCACACACUGCCUGGAGGCCCUUAGGGUUCCUUAGAUAUUCCACAGCGCCACCUGCUGCCCCGGGGGACCACACAACAACAUAAUAACAAGCUGUGUUUUAUAACAACAUUAGAAUUUAUAUAAUUUAUAUUUAUUCUCAAGUCUUAGUAGACACUCAUAUGUGAGUUGUAAGAUGUUUGUGUUUAUCAUAAAUAUGGUAUAACUGG